AUGCGACUUACCGCCCCUCCUCGUUCGACCUCUCUAUCCUCGUUAUUCAUCUUACCUAUCCCAUUGGGAUUACUCAUCAUAGCAUACUUGGCAGCAGUGGGCAGGAGACCUGAUAUACCUGAAUCUGCACAGGUGGACGAUCCCCAUCAGUGGGGUUUUCCAAAAUGGUAUGGCAACCAUCCUACACCAUUUGAUUAUCGUUCGACAUCACAGGGAGAAGAGGAAGAAGUCUGCGAUCAUCCGAAGAAUGUAUUACUGUUUAUAGAUGAUUCUCCACAGAUACCAUCUGCAUUGACUCUCCAUUCAUCCCUAACGUCCUCGAAUAGAUUCAACCUCACCACCAUAUCAUCCUUCUCACCCACUUGGAACUGGGAUCUAUCACCGAAGGAGAAUCUGCAGAAUGCAGGAUGUGAUCAGUUUGAUUGGAUAUGGAAAGUAGGAGAUGAAAGUGGACACGCAGAAUUGGGUUGUAGGGAAGGUAAAGUUAUUUGGGUGGAAGAAGGGAUGAAGAUUCCUGGAACAGCUAAUGUAUCAUUGUUAACUCAACCUCAUCAUAUAUUAAAACCUGAACAUAAACAUGAUGCUCUAAAGACAACACAUGGUGAGGGAUGGGAAUUGGGAUUACUAACUCAUGUACUACCUUCGAUCUUUUACCCUUCGCGACACAUAAACAAUCGACGGUCCAUCGUAUAUUUCCCACUUCGUACGACGGCUACCAAGGAUUAUCCGAAAUUACCUUGGGGUAGAACAUGGUCUAUCUAUUCACCAUCACGCAGAUCGCCACCACUACCGAAAGCAGGUGAAGAUCCGUUCUCGCCGAACAGUCGCUGGAGGAAAUUUUGGUUGAAAGACGAAGAAAGGUUGGCUAAAGCUAUGAGAGAUGCUGGUAUUUGUCUGUUUGAGGGCUGGCAGUAUGGUGAAUUGGAUGAUAGGAUAGCUAAAGCUAUGUUAUCGGGCUGUAUCGUUGCCACUGUACCACCUCAAACACAUCAUGACGCUUUCUCAUCUUUGAUCUUACCUCUUGCAACACCAUCAUCCGUCUCGAUCUUACCGGAUCUACCCGUUGACAACCUCAACCAGCUGUUGCACAAGUACACAAACUCCCAAUUACAGCGCCUCGCUCUCAAGGCUUUCAUCUCAGCUAGGAAUAGGCUUGUCCCUCCCUCCAGGCUGAAAGGUGUUGAGAGUGCCGUGCAGAUAUGGGAAGAUGGUGGGCGAGGAUACGAUUUCAAAAAGGGGUUCAGGUGGGAUUGUGAUUCGGGGCAUGGGGGUUGGUGUGGGUAG